AUGGCAUCUCCAAAUCGAUUGAUCGAACUAUCCAAUGUCAUAGCGGAGAAGACAAAAGUCAUCUCGGAUUUCCUGGCCUCCAAAGGACUGGAGCCUCCCUCUUUCGAUGUCGACGGGCUAGCGGACUAUGCAAUUUCCCCCGACGACAAAGAGGCGUAUGAAGCUCGUCUAGAGUUGAUUACAGCAUCAAAAGAGCUCUAUGCACUUGCUCACGGUCCAAAGGAUUAUAUUCGAAACAUUUGCUGGGAUGCCAUGGAUCCAUUGUCCCUACAGGCCAUUUGGGCCUUCAGGGUCCCGCAGGCCGUCCCAUUGACUGGCAAAAUAUCUUACGAAGACCUGGCUGAGAAGUGCCAUCAAUUGAGUGGAGUUUCUGUACCACCGUUCACCCUCCGACGGAUCAUCCGCCACGCUAUCACUAACCGCUUCUUCUGCGAGCCGGAACUUGGAUUCGUUGCGCACAACCGGGCAUCCCGAGUUCUUCUCGAGGAGGAAAAUUUGGAUGCUUGGGUGGGUCUAUUGUGUAAUGACAUAUGGCCUGGCUUUGCCUGCACCGUUGAAGCUCUAAGGCGAUGGCCCGGGAGUGGGGAGCCAAAUGAGACUGGUAUUAACGUGGCCUAUAAUCAUAAUGUCGAUUGGUUCGAUCACACUUCCCGCAAUGACGUGGUCGCCGACAGAUAUAGCAAAAGCAUGAAGGCACACGGUGGUGGGGUUGGCUUCGAUAUCUCGCACACCGUGACCGGUUAUCCAUGGGCGGACCUUGGUAAGGGAACGGUUGUCGACUGUGGCGGCAGUGCAGGCUUUGCCGCGAUGGCGAUUGCGCAAGCACACCCCAACCUAACCUUUGUAGUUCAAGAUCAAGAACACACCAUCACAGAAGAGACAAAGGCUGCGGUGCCACAACACCUCAAGUCGCGAGUGAGGCUUGAAGUACAUGAUCUGUUGAAACCACAGACCGUCGUAGGCGACGUCUACUUUUUUCGCUGGGUCUUUCAUGCAUUUUCGGACAAGUAUGCCGUCCAGGUUUUGCGGUCAUUGAUUCCGGUGCUUAAGAAAGGAGCGAAAGUUGUCGUCAAUGACGGCGUGAUCCCCGAGCCCGGUACUGUUCCAUGGAUGAAUUACCGAAGCAUUAGAUGCAUGGAUCUUUUGUGUUUGGCAGUGGCCAAUACCGGUGAAAGGGCUUUGGAUGACUGGAUAGGUCUAUUCAAAAUGGCCGACCCCCGAUUUAAGUUCCUGAAUGCCUGGCAGCCCCCGAAGAGCACGAUGUGGUUCAUUGAAGUCGAGUGGCAGCCGUAA